GCCAUAUUUAAAUUUGCUCAGUCUGGUGUUUUGUUGGAGUCUGGCGACUGUUGACGGCUUUGAGAAGUCUUUUUGUCUUUCUUUGUAGAUUUUUUUUUCUUUCUCGGAAACUGAAACGCCAAGUUACAUGUAACUUUGACCGGGAAUCUCUGAAAAUGUUCAACAGGGGGAAAUUGGACGCCCUACUAGGCUGGGUAAAUCUGCUUGGUGUGGGGACAGUGGAAUCAUUGAAGGAGCUUCGAGAUGGAAACAUUUUAGUGCGGAUUGUUCAGCUCAUUGAUCCUAAGAUAGAGUAUGAGGCUGAAGAUCCAGCUGGUAGAGUGGAGGUUGUGAAGAGUUUCCUCGAAGGUUUCCACGUGACCAGUCUUGGGGAUGACACAUACGUGCGGUGGCAUCUGAUCCGACAGGCAAACGAGGAUGAGAUCGCAAAGGCAGCAACGCUGCUGCUCUACACGGCGUUUGUCAGCGAUGCCAGAGAGCAGUUCAUGUCCAAGAUGGACGGGAGGAUGGGGAAAGCCUGGGAAGUCACUAUCAAAGACAUCCUGCAAUUCAACAUUACCAACAAUGAAAGGAAGGGUCCUCGUCCAGACUUUGCCGACAUCCUCAAAGAGCAAAGCAUGGUUUCACCAGACGCCAUCUGUAACGGAGGAGGUGGUCGUGACGGGAGCCUGACUCACACCAACAGGAGACACGUCUCUGUAGCCACUCCCAUGUCCCCGGGGCCUGUGGUAACCAGGCUGUUUGACAGCCCCAUGUCACCUGUCAGGAACCUCAUGCAGUCACCACAGAUGCAGUAUAAGAUUGCACUGACCAAGGCCCAACAACAAGUGCAACAGCUGAAGAUAGAACUGGGGACCAAAAAGCACAUCAUAGACGAAAAUGACGUGCAGUUGAGGAAGAUGCAAAGGGCACUGGAACAAAAAGAGUCAGAGAUGAGGGAGCUGUCUGCCAGGCUGGAUGGCCUGCGAGCCCUACAGGACGAAAAUGACGCCCUGCAAGCCCGCGAGAGCGAGCGCAAACAGCUGGAGCAGAGGUGCGAGAAGCUGACCAAGGCUCUUCACGAGUACGAAGUCUACAAGACAGAGUGCCAGGAGCUGAAGAAGCAGAACGACCGCUUGUUUGAGGAGAGACACGGGAUGGAGGACGCCAUGAAGAGAUGUGACCAGAUGGCCCUGCAGGUGCAGGAACUGCAGACAGAGCUCCACUGCACAGGUCAGCAGCUGCAGGCACUGCGGGACUCCCUCAAAGCCAAGGACCAGGCACUGCAGCACAUGCAGCAGGAGAAGGCUCAGCUACUGGAACAAGCAAGACAUACGGAGGAACGCCUGAGAGAAACACAGCUCGAGUUACAGGAGACAAUGCACAGUAGUGGUAUGGAGUCGAUGGGAGAAAGCCUGGGUAGUAUCGUCGAGAAGCGAGCGCAAGAACUAGAGCAGGAGCUUGCCUACACCCAGGAGAACUGGACAAAACCGGAAGAAGCGGCUAAACUGGUGGAAAGCCUUGCCGCGGCGCGUGCUGCCAAUGCCAGUCUGGAAGACAACAUCCGGAGUCUCAUCGCUGAAGGCGACAAGCAGCGUAAAGACCUAACAGAGCACCUGGACAACGCUGUCCAGAAGUACCAAACCGCAGAGCAACAGCUGAACGAAGAGAUGGCCAGGCACAAGGCAGAGAUUCAGCAGCACCAACAGGAGUACCAGGCACUCAAGACCGAUGCUGCAAUGGAGAGGGAAGCUCUUCGCUCCAAGCUCGGCGCCGUCAGCUCCACCAAGACAGCCCUGGAGGUGACGCUGGAAAACGAGCGCUGGACCUUCAAAGCAAAGGAGGAGGCGUACAGAGAAGAGAUCCUGAGCACGGAAAAGAAGCUGGAAGGCGCCAAGCAAAAGGUAGCCCAGCUGGAAGAGGAGAAUAGCGUCACCAUGGCGGUGAUGCAGGAUGAGAAGGACGCUCUGGAGCGACAGCUGAAAGAGGUGUCCGCUGCAGCAGAGCAGAAGUGCCUGCAGUUGAACGACCAGGUCAGUCUUCUUCAGGAGGAAAAGGCGGCCGUUGUGGCUAACCUAGAGGGCUACAAGGCCAGGGUUGAGGCCGAGAUGACAGGGCUUCAGAAGGAGCUGGAACAAACACUACAUGACAAGACAUCUGCAGAGAGUGCACUGCACAACACAAAGGAACAGCUCACUGCUGUGUCACAGGAAAAAGCCGCCAUUACAUCGGCGCUGGAACAGGUGAAACAGCAGAAAGAAGAGGAGGCAGGGCAGCUGCAAGAUCAACUGGUCACAGCAGCAACAGAGAACUCCUCCCUGGCCGCCGACCUGGAGAGUAAAGCGAAGCUGUGCCGCACUCUCGAGGCAGAGAAGGCCAUGCUUGCCGACGCGAUUGGAAAGCUGGGGGCGUCGUCAGAAAAAGAAAAAUCUGAGCUCCAAUCUCUGAUGAGUGACCUUCAAACUGAGAGAGAUAGCCUUCAAGGUCAGCUGGAGGACCUGCAACAGCAGAAGGAAGACCUGACACAACAGAACUCCGACCUGCAUACGGAGCUGGAUGAACACAGCAAAGACAAGGGGGCAGCCUUGAGCAAGAUCAAGGAAGUAGCCACAUCCAACACGGAACUGAAAACCAGCCUGAAGCACAGCGGCAAGCGGCUGGAUUCCAUCAGUGACUGUCUGGACAUACUGCUGUCCUGCCAGGAGAAAGCCAUGGACAGCCUCCAUCAGGAGCACACUGAACUGUCUCUGGAGAACAGGGACUUAACCAGCAAAGUGUCAGAGCUGGAGAAGCAGCUGGAAGAAAGCACGGGCCAGCUCACCCACGUGACAGAAGAAAAGGAAAGCCAAGUCUUGAAUCUGGAGUUGGGCUUGCGGGACCUCCAGGCUUCCUUGGACAAGGCAGAGCAGGAGAAGUGGUCCAUGCAGGCGGAGAUCUCUCAGAGGGAGAGAGCUGCCGCUGUCCUGCAGGAACAACAUGCCAAGCGCCUUCAGCAUCUGGAGUCUGAGAGUCGAGAACAACUUGAGAGGGCAGAAGCUUUGAGAGUUCAGCUCCUUGAAAGUAACUCCCGGGCAGCGGCUGCAGAACAGAGCUGCGGGAAGCUGCAGGCAGAGCUGCAGACACUGCAGCAGACGCAGGCUGACAGGGAGGCGGAGACUGAGAAACAGGCGGCAGACAUGCAGACAGAACUCCAGUUUGUCCAGGACAGACUCAUCCUGAGUGAAUCUGCCAAAAACAGGGCCGAGGCUCAGAACGCUGACCUGUGUAACGAGUUGCAGACCAUGAAGGAACAGGUGCUGUCCCUGGAGGCAGAUAGCAAGGCACAGCAACAGCAGCUCAGGGACAGGGAGGCAGCCAUGGCAGCUGCUAACAAGGCUGGGAAGGAACUGCAGGGUCAGUUGGAAAUCAGUCAGGUUGAGAGGGAAGCAGUGCAGCAACAGCUUGACAUGGUACAUGCGGCAUUGGACCAGGCAGAAGCUAGCAAGUGUGACCUCAAGGGCCAGCUUUCUACAGCCCAGCAGCAACUGGAGCAAAGUAAAUCUGGCAGUGAAGAGCUCCGGAGACAGCUUGGAACAGCACAGGGACAACUAGAAGAGAUGAAAACUUCCAGGGAUGACCUUCAGAGCCACCUGCAGACAGCACAGGAGCAACUUCAACAGAAGGACGCUGUGCAGGGUGAACUCCAGAAACAGCUGCAGACAGCACAAGUAAACCUACAACAAAGUGAAGCCACAAGAAAUGACCUCCAGAAUCACCUGCAGACAGCACAGGGAACAGCUCCAACAAAAGGACAAGUGUGCAGGGUGAACCAAAAACAGCUGCAGACAGUUGAAGCAAACCUUCAACAAACUGAAGCUACCAAAAAUGACCUUCAAAGCCACCUGCAGACAGCACAGGAACAGCUUCAACAGAAGAACACUGCACAAGCUGAACUCCAGAAACAGCUGCAGACAGCACAAGCAAAUGUACAGCAAACUGAAGCUGCAAGAAAUGACCUUCAAAGCCACUUGCAGAUAGCACAAGAACAGCUGAAGCUGAAGGACACAGCACUUGGUGAACUCCAGAACCAGCUACAGACAGCACAAGCAAGUCUGCAGCAUACUGAAGCCACCAGAAAUGACCUUCAGAGUCACCUGCAGACAGCACAGGAACAUCUUCAACAGAAAGACACUGCACAAGUUGAACUCCAGAAACAGCUGCAGACAGCUCAAGUAAACUUACAGCAAGCUGAGUGUACUAGAAAUGACCUUCAGAGUCAGCUGCAAACAGCACAAGAGCAGCUUCAACAGAAAGACACUGUGCAAGGUGAACUCCAGAAACAGCUGCAGGCAGCACAAGCAAACCUACAGCAAACUGAAGCCACAAGAAACAACCUUCAAGGUCAACUUCACACAGCACAGGAACAUCUUCAGCAGAAGGAUGCUGACCUCCAGAACCAGCUGCAGACAGCAGCGGGCAAACUGGAACACUCUGAAGCUGUCAGGAAUGACCUUCAAAGCCAGUUACAGGCCAUGCAAGAACAGCUGAACAAGAAGGACGCUGCACAAGGUGUGCUCCAAAUCCAGCUGAAGACUGCUCUGGCAAACCUACAAGAAACCGAAGCUACCAAGAGUAACCUUCAAAGUCAGCUGCAGACAGCACAAGGACAGCUUCAAGAAAAGUGCACAGCACAUGAUGGCCUCCAGGUGCAGCUCCAGUCAUCAAUGGCCAAGCUGGAGCAAAGCGAAGCCAGUAGAAGUGAUCUUCAAGGACAGUUACAAACAGCACAGGAACAGCUUCAGCAGAAGGAAGCUGCAGUGGGCUGUCUGAACAGCCAGCUGGAGGCAUCACAAGUACAGCUGGAGAAGGCUGAGGCUGGAAGAAAUGAUCUUCAGAGCCAGGUGGACCUUGUGCAGGCCCAGUACAUGCAGAGUCAGAACAGUUCGGAUGAGACAGUGGCUGAACUCAGAGUCCAGGCAGCGCACUUUGAACAGGAAUGCUCCCAGCUACAAGAGGAGAAGCAGCAGCUCCUCAAGCAGUGGGAAGACAUGAUGGCCUACAAGGUGAGAGUAGAGCAGCAGUGCAGCACCUUGCAGCGCGAGCUUGGGGAGGCAGCCGCACACAGUCAGCAGCUGGAGCUCAACAAUGCGCAGCUGUGCAGCCAACAGCAGGAAAUGGCAGCAAAGGAAAAAAGCUACAGGCAAAAGGUUGAGGCAAUGCAACAGCACUUUGAAGAACAGCUGAGAGGACUCAAGGAGUUGCAAGGGGCGAUGGAAGAAGUGCAGGGUCAGAAGAACAUGUUGGAAGAACAGCUUAAGAUGUCCCAAUCCCAGCAACAGGAACUGUCUGAACAGCUGCACAGUUACCAGAUGCACUAUCAGCGUAAGAAGGAAACUAUCCAGGACCUGGAGAAGUCACUACAGAAGCAGGAGAACGCACAUGAGUCGGUGAAGAACCAACUCCAAACAGUACAGCAAGAAAGGAACAAACUGAAGAAGGAAAACAGUAGCCUGUCCACAGAUGUCAAAACGGCCAUUGAGAAGCUGAAGGAGGAAGAGGCCACGACCAAGAAACUGUAUCAACAAGUACGUUCUCUUGAGGCGCAGGUAGACCUGGCCAAUCGUCAGCUCCGACAGCAGAAACACCAGGUCAGCUUUGCCACCCCCGCUGCUCGCAGCCUCAACACCAGCACAGACAGUAUCGAGGACACCGCCGAUGAGACGUUUGACCUGGAGCCGCGCUCCCGCCAGCGCCACAGCACAAGUCGAGAUGACCUGGACAGAACCCUGUCCAACAGUCAGGUGGCAGGGGAGGAGGAAGGAGACAAGAAGAACAGAACCAUCAGCACGGACAGUCUGGAAGGAGACAGUCUGGACACCUCCAUCUUCAGUAGGACAUCACAGGACAGCGGCAUGUCCACGCGCAGCCAGCGCCGCCGUACCACGGUCAGUAUCGAGAUGGUGCAGACGGAGGAUUCCCGCCGCCUGUCCAGAACCUCCACGGAACACGUGGACCUGGGGUCCUCCAUCGGAUCUGCCUCCAGCUGGAGGGGAGCAGCUCCAAGGUUCUUUGUAUCAGAGUGUGAGGAGGAACCAGAGCAGUAUGACUGGGACAGGCUCUCCGAGCUUCAGAGGAGGAACACCCUCCAACCCAGACAUCUACAGAGCUGCUAUCCCACAGAGACUCAGGGUACAGCUCUGGAGGAGACAGAGGACCUGAGUAAAACCCUGCGUAGAACGACACUGCGUUCUUCACAGGCCGCAAAAACUUUCAGUAUCACUCCGGGAAAGAAGAGGAGGCACGAAGCAGAUGAGAACAGUGCCUCCAGGAAGAAGACUGUGGUCAUGCCAAGCACACCAUCUAAAACACCAUCCGUCUUCAAGACCCCCAAGAAGAUUGCCAGUGCAGCAGCAGGCAUCUUCAAGAAGCCAACGGGUAAGACUCCCUCCUCUAGGAGACGUUCCCCUCGGCUUCAGGGCCGCGGGAAGUCUCCUGCUGGACGACUGAACAAGGCCAAGACUCCUACCAAGACACCCAACAAACACCAGGCAAAGCAGGACCCUCGGAGGCAGAGCAUCGCCUUCAACAUCGGGUUCAGUCCCCUGAAGGGCUUCAGGAAGUCAGCCCGCAAAGCCAAGGAGAAACGGGAGGCACAGAAGGAGCCGUCUCAGCGGAGAAUGAGCAUUGCAAAUGUAAAGAGCUUCCUCAGCGUGAAUAACUCCAAAACAAACAAGACGAAAGCAGCCCGCAAGCCCUUGGGAACUAGGAACAACGCGCAAACCGGCGUGUAACGUGAAGAUUGUCCCAGCGUGACAAUCGUGGACACCAGCCUUCAUCAGUAGAUAGCUCAGUGAUCUUAAAGUCAGUGCAAUAGAAAAAUCGAGUAGACAGUUAAGUUCUAGUGACUAAGCACGUAAAUCUGGUGUGUUAUCAUGAUAUUUACCAGCCUGGGUGUCAUCAUGGGUAUUAGUUCUGUCUCCUUCAAACAUCGCUA